AUGAGUAAAGAUAAUGAAUUUCGUUCAUCAUCAACGAUAUCAUCAAGUAGCAUCAGUAGCAGUAGCAGUGAUAGUAGUAAAUCAUUAAUAAAUCGUGCCAAUUCAUCAUCAUCAACAACAACGAUGCCUUCAUCAUCAAGUGAUAAUUGUGACAAUAAUAGUCAUCAUCAUCAUAAUCAUCAUGAUCAUACUAUUAUCAUAAUGGAUGGACAAACCACAACAUCGCCAUCACCAUUACGAUGGAUAAACACUAUCGAUAAUAAUGGCUCCAACAUUAUUGAAUAUAGUACAGCAACGGCUGAUCUGAUGAAACAGCAGCAACAGCAACGACAUCAUUACAAUAAUCAAGAUUCAAAUGAUGUCGAUAGAGUUAUUGAAAUGCCAAUGCUUUCCACCGUAUCACCACCAUCAAGUUAUGGUUAUUUGAAUAAUAAUAAUUCUUUGAAUCAAAGUACCGCCACUACCACAACAGCAAAUAGACGUGAAAAGAAAAAGAAACAAAAAGAUGAAAUAAAAUUAUCGGAAGAGAUUGAAGGACACAUUGGUUUUAUGGAUAUAUCAUAUCUAGAAUCAAUUAUAAAUAAUACAUCUUCCUCAUUAUCCACAACAACAACAACAACGACAACAGCAACAGCAACAACGGCUACAGCAUUGGCAUUAAAUAAUAAUAACAACAGCAAUAAUAAAUCGAAACGUAAACAACAGCAACAACAACAAGAUAAAAAUAAUGGCAACAGCAAUAAUUCUGAUGACAUGAAUCGAAAAACGACAACGAUGAUGACCAAUUCAACAUCGGAUUCAAAACUUGAAAAAUUAAAAACUGACAAUCGUCGUAAUAAUAGCCGUCAAAAGAAUAAUAAUGAUAACCAAAGUGUAUGUGGUGGUAGUUCAUCAUCCGCUUCAGUACGAAGAAAAUCAACUAAUCAACAACAACAACAACGACGACGACAAAAUUCAUCUGUAGCCACGGCCACAGCAGCAAAUGUAUCAAAUUUUGUUACACCAAAAAAUAGAUAUUUGAAACGAAAAAAACAUUUAAAUGCUGUGCGUAAAAAUCAAUCAAACAACAGUGGAAGUGGUGGUGUUAAUCAUAAUAAAUACGGCGGUAAUGGUGGCUUCAAUAAGAACAAUUCUCAAACAUUUUCCCUGAAUAAUAACAAUCGUAUGAUGUUGAAUCGACAUUCAUCUGCAUCGAUAACAACGCAAGCAACAUUGACAGCAACAACAACAACAUCGACAAUGAUGGGUAAUCAUCAUCGUGGUUAUGAAAGUGAACGUGAAUUAACAUCAACAUGGAAUCAAAAUCAUUAUCAUAAUCGUCACCAUAAUCAAGAUAAUCGUCAAACUGGUACAAUGAAUACGAAUAUCAAGAGUGGAAAUCAAACAACAACAACAACAACAUCAUCGACAACAAGCCACAGUCUUUCAUCAUCAAUGUUGGCCAUUGAUAAAUCGGAAUCAAAUUUAAAUCAUCAUCCAUCAUCAUCAUCAUCAUCAACUCAAUUAUCACAAAGAUUAUCAUCAGCAGCAACAGAAACACAAACUACAGCCUCUUCCGAUGCUGCUACUGAAUUUCCUCAAUUAACUCCCACACAACAAUCGUCAACUAUUUUGUCGGAUUUGAAUACAAAUCAUGAACAACAACAACAACGACAGCAAGAAGCGAUUAAUGAAAAAAUUGUUGUCGUUGAUAAUAAUUAUGCCGCUACCGGUAAUAAUGAGAGUUCAUCAUCAUCAUCAUCAUCAGUAAAUUUAAAUACAAAAAACCGACAAGACAAAGACAAAAAUGACGGCGACAAAAAUGUAUCAAAUAAUGAUGAUGAUGAUGAUGACAAAAAAAUUUUAGUCAAUGCGCCCACAACAACAACGACGACGACGACAAUGAUCACCAAUGGUAACGGUGGUGGUGGUGGUGGUGCUGGCGACGUGAUAGCUAAGGAUAAUGUUGAUGGCGACCGAUUAUUAUUACCACUACAACCAAAGAAAAAUAUGAUGAUGACGUCUGAGACAAAUAUUGAUACUAAUAACACUGCAGCAGCAGAAGUAGUACCGAUAAAAAUGAAGACGAAAAAAAUUGAUGAAAAAGCAGAAGUUGAUUUAACAAAGACACGUGUUAUUGUUGGUAGUGGCGCUAUCGUUGAUAAUAAUGAUGAUCAAAAUGAAUAUCAUCAUGGCGUUAAUGUUGAUUUGCAAACAACCAAAACAACAACAGCAACAACAACCAAAAUUCAUAUGAAAACGAUUGAUGACUCGACAACAAAAACAAUAACGACGACGCCAAAUAACAGACAAAAAGAAUAUGAAACAACAGAAUAA